AGAGCAGUGCAGUGCGGUUAUGCCUUCUGCACUGCACAUGUGUGCACAUCGUGUAACACAAUCUCGAUUACUGUUGACUUCAGGAUUGUGGAUCAUGUGGUCGAUCCGGGAUUCUCCAAUCCAGGCACGGGGACUGGGAUCGGAUCAUCUUUGUACCUCGUUUUUUAGGGGGAAAAAACUACUACUACAACCAGGCCAGGUCACUGGAGAUUGGGAUAGGAUCAUAGGAUCUGAUCAUCUUGCAACAGGAGCCGGCGGCAUGCCCUCAAAAGGCCCGAAUGUGCAAUUUCUCGGCGUGAUCCUGCAAUGUCUGUGCAUCACGGCGUCCUCCCAAUACUUCGAUCCACCAGGCCAAAGCGAGCAAGCACGUGACUACCUGCGCUUUGCCGACGUCAAUCGCCGUUGCCAGUCCGUGCUCUCCUCGGCCAAAGAGCUGACUUAUGAUGACAACCUCCCCAGCCGUGUGAAGCGCGAGCUAUCUUUCGAGAAGGGCGACUGGCACCAGGACGCCGGCCAAGCGCCACUGCUGCCGUUCGACGGCGGCGACGCGCAGAGGAAGGCCGCUCGGUGGUUGCCGGAGCCCCUGUCCCUGGCGACCUUCGAGGUCACGCAUGUCGAGGACGACGACGAGCGCCGUCCAAGGACAGCCGUCAAUGUCAGCGGCGUCGUCAUCCUUACCGUCUCUCGGAAGAGUGCCGGUCCGGAGAUUGGGACUUACAUGUCCACCGUGUCGCCGGAGUUCAACAUUUCGGCCGGCAGCACCCGUCUCAAGAUCAUAUUUGAAGGCGUGUACACGGAGAGAGCAAAGGGCCGUGGGGACAAUUACGACGGCGAACGGGUGCUGUGUAUGCUCGGGAGCGCUCUUCUCCCGAAGCGCAGCGCCGCCGCCGACGGCAUUGACCCAUGGGACUGGGCCAAGAACUCCGGCAGGGCUGGCUUCCAGCCGCCGGUCACUGCCGACAACAACAUUCUGCUCGUGCUACAGUACCCGAAGGAGCUUACACUGACAACCCGAGCGGUGCUCGGCAAGAUGAGAAGCACCAGCGCCGCGCCGGAAGCCGCCUACUUCGACACCGUGCAGCUCGUGGCAGGCCUAAUCUCGUACCGCGCGUCUGAAUACGAUUUCCGGCCGGAAGCGCUCCCCGACGGCGCGGGCGACGCGCUUUCUUCGAGUGCAGCUGACGAUCCCGUGUUCAACCGUUCAAUGGAGGAUGUGUACAACGGCAGCUACCCGUGCCUAGUCCUUGACCGGUACGGUCUCGGAGGGCAAGUCAACACCGUGCUCCCCGGCUGGCGGACGCAGUGCAACUCGACGACGGGGACGUGUGGCCACGGCGUCGGGCCGUUCGACCUGGGAAGCGCUGCAGACGCGGAGGUGCUCGCCGGGGUCGGCAUCAUGAUGCAGGAUCUCCAGUGCCAGGCGCGGCACAAGGACGGGUACGCCAUCUUCGGCACCGCGACGGUGUCGGCCGUGAUCCGCGCCCUGCCUCCAUGGCAGGACUGGCGCACGGCGGCGGGGCGCUCGGGGCUGAGCGGGGAGACGCUGUCGGCUGAGGGCGUGUGGAACGCGUCCACAGGGCAGGUCUGCAUGGCGGCGUGCCGUGGGAGCACUGCGGGCAAGGAGGCGUGCCGCUUCCGGGUGUGCUUGUUAUUCCCGACGACCAUGUCCAUCACCGCUCGCGACACGAUGCUGGGACGGAUAACCAGCGUAGAUGCACACGCGCCCCUUGUGUCGUUCCGACAGCAUAUGAGUCCGCCGCGUCUCUGGGGCUAUUUCCCCGAUGAUGGCCAGCCCCUCUUGCCAUACAGGUACAGCUACACUAAGGUCAAGCAGGCCGGCGAACUCCGGCGGAAGAGCGCGUCGUCGUUCGACCUCCGCAAGUUCAUCGCGAGAACUCUGUCCCUGAGGUAUCCAAAGAGAGAUGGCACUGAAGACCACCGGAGGAUCCUGUCCUCUCUUGCCGACACGCUUACUCUCUGUUUCAUGGCCGUGCCGAGCCUGUUCCGACAGGAACGGAUUGAGCAGCCGGUUCUUCACUUGGAGGUCUUCUUCCUCGAGCAGCUCGUUGAUCGCUACGUGUCCCCUUGA